GCAUUCAGGGGUGCUUGCGCGAAAAUUUCCUCUUUGCUUUCACUCUUCUUCUUGUCAUCACACUCUUCUUGUUGUUGUUGGACUUGCUUGGCGACAUUCACCGUCUAUGUUAUAGCUAGCUACCGGUGGCUAUUGAGUUGUAGUAAUCACCAUGGGCAUUGUGGACUUUCUUCCCACAGUCCUCGCAGCGGCAGCCACGGACGUGGAUCUGCGCAAGUAUCGAGAUGGCAUAGGCAUGACGGUCCGAACGGGACGAAAGCGACAACGGAUCCGUCGUCCUUUGCGCAUUGGCGUGGAUAUCGCGGGAUGGAUUUACAGGGCAACCAUGCGCUAUGGAAACAUGUUGGCGGAUGAAAAUCACUUGUCCAACUAUGGGAGGUACCAGUUGAUGCAACAACAGCAGCAACAAAACCAAAAAGACAAUGACAAUAAGAAGGACAAUAAUAAAAAGGACGACGAUCAAGUGGUCCAACAAUACGUGGCCAAUUGUUGCUUGCACGUCAUGGAGCGUCUCCAGUCGUUGCAGAAGGAAACCAAUGCCGAACUAUUGGCCGUGCUCGAUGGGGACACACCACCUAUCAAAAAAGCAACCACUACCCAACGAUCCGAGGCACGAAGAGAAAAUGAACGCGUGAGAGAUGCUCCCAUGGACAUGACUACUGCUACUAAUAGUGAGAACAGCAGCAAAGAGGCCGUCCAGAAAAUGGAACGAGAACGAACCAAAGCCAACAAACGAGCCGGUGCCGGAAAACACUUUUCAAGGAUUGUGGAAGAACUCAUUUAUGCACUGCGAAUCAACCAAAUUCCAUUCCUCGUGGCACCCUAUGAAGCCGAUGGACAAUUGGCAUGGUUGUCCAAUGAAAAAUUCAUUGACUUGGUCAUUACAGAAGAUUCCGAUAUGGUGGCGCAGGGAGGCAAAUGUAUGCUAUACAAAUAUAAAGACAUGGAAACGCGAUGUGAUCCACCAAUAAUUCAACAAACACCUACCAGCAACAACUGUAACCAGAAUGACAACAACAAUCAGCAGAAAACCAAUAAUAAAGAUCCACAACAAACCACCAACGACAACAAACCCAAACGAUCUUUUGUACCAAGAGGAAAGUUGUUACUACGAGAUGAUUUGGGCGCCGUGACCAUCUCCAGGGCCUCGGGGGCUGGACAACCUAGUCUGUGCCUGAGAGACUUGUCCGAUGCCGCGCUAGCCGUCAUGUUUGUGGCAGCGGGAUGUGAUUACUGGGACAGCCUCAAGGGAAUUGGAUUGAAAACGGCAUGUGAUAUUGUCAACCGCGCCUUUCUGCAACCAAUCAAAGACGAACUCAGUCCACUCGAUGUGGUAUUUCAACAACUCUUUCAACGAACGUAUGAUCGAAACAUCUAUGCUGGGAAUGACAAUCUGCAAAAAAAGUACAAAGAGGGAUUCCUGGCAGCCCUCGUACUGUAUCGGCAUCCUAUUGUGUACAAUCCGUUCAAACAAACGUGCGAAAUUGCACACCUAGACACCUUUGAUCCGGAGUUGAUGAGUUAUGAUUCAUACAGAAACUUGUUGGAAGAUGAAGAGCGUCUCAAGAAUAUUCUCGGAGAAAUCAUUGAAGCUCCCAUGGCAACCUUCAUUGCCGAAGGAUGGGUGUCUUCGAGAAGCAAGCGGCUCUUUGAAAUGUCCAAGAAAGUGGAAAAGCUUCCAAAGGCACUACAGCAACAUUUUCACUUGGAAGAUCCUACUAAUGAUUUGGACGAUGCCAAUGACAAACAAGGCGUGGAAGAUGUGGCCAUGACAGAAGCUCCAAGUGACGACAAGGCAGCACCAACUAACGACGAAGAGGACGAGGAAACGCAACCAGAUCCCAUGGCACUGGAUACCCAACCGUUGGCCCAAGCAAGCCCAACUCCUGCACGCCGCAGCGAAAAGGGCAGCAGUCGAGAGAGAAACAACACAACAGAGGACAGUUUAAUGAACCUCGAUACUCAACCUCUGACCAAGGAACCGCAACAUGAUGUCAAAGACACAAACAAGAGGGGAAAGUUUGAUGAUGCCGACGAAGAGAUGAAUCUGGAUACCCAACCUCUGACGCAUGAACCGUUAACCCAGGAAACACUACCUUACAAAGCCACAAACAACAGCGGGAAGUUUGCUGAUGCUGAAGAAUCCUUGGAACCAGAAAAACCAGUGGAAACCCCAGAGAAAAAGAAUGGCAAGGAGCUUGAUUCUCAAGAGACGCCACCAGAUAGUAUGGGCCUUGACACUCAGCCGAUCUAGACAUUCCACGUUCAACUACAUGUAGCAAGGAAGGUUCUCCCCUCUGUGUCAGUCUAACUGCAAAUAGCCAUCUAUUAAAGGUUUAACGCUGUAGCAAGUUUAUGAAUG